AUGUCCGUCUCGACAAACGCUAUCUUCAAGCUCCCCACCGUCAAGAACGAGCCCAACUUCAACUAUGCGCCAGGCAGCCCUGAGCGCGCAGCUCUCAAGAAGGCCCUCGCCGAGCUCGAGGCCGCCGCGCCGUUCGAGGUGCCCGCGUUCGUUGGCGGCAAGGAGGUAAAGGUCUCGGGCGAGCGCACUGAGCAGCCCAUGCCCCACAACCACAAGAAGGCGCUCUGCACUUUCGGAACCUCGACUCCUGACCUUGCCAGCCAGGCUAUCGAGGCUGCACUCGCUGCUCAGCCCGAGUGGGAGGCUAUGCCUUUCAACGACCGCGCAGCCAUCUUCUUGAGGGCUGCCGACCUUAUCAGCGGCAAGUACCGCGCCAAGAUCUGCGCUGCUACCAUGCUCGGCCAGGGCAAGAACGUCUGGCAGGCUGAGAUUGACGCUGCCGCCGAGCUCGCCGACUUCUUCCGCUUCGGCGCCGCUCAGGUCGAGCAGCUCUACGCGAUGCAGCCGACCGAGAACUCGCCUGGCGUCUGGAACCGCACCGAGUACCGCCCUCUCGAGGGCUUCGUCUUUGCUGUUACCCCCUUCAACUUCACUGCUAUCGGCGGUAACCUCGUCGGCGCCCCCGCGCUCACCGGAAACGUCCUUGUCUGGAAGCCGUCGCCCAUGGCGACCUACGCCUCCUGGCUCGUCUUCCAGAUCCUCCUCGAGGCCGGGCUCCCCAAGAACGUCAUCCAGUUCCUUCCCUGCCCGAACGGCGACGCGACCAUCUCGCUCGUCGACCGCGUCCUCUCGCACCGCAUGUUCGCCGGUCUCCACUUCACCGGCUCGACCCACGUCUUCCGCCACCUCUGGCAGAAGAUUGGCAACAACAUCAACAACUACCUUAGCUACCCCCGCAUCGUCGGCGAGACCGGCGGAAAGAACUUCCAGCUCGUCCACCCCUCCGCCAACGUCCGUGCCGCCGUCACCGGUGCCAUCCGUGGUGCCUUCGAGUACCAGGGCCAGAAGUGCUCGGCUCUCUCGCGUCUCUACGUCCCGAGGGGCCUGUGGGAGGGCGAGGGCAAGUUCAAGGAGAUUCUCCUCUCCGAGACUGCCAAGAUCACCCUCGGUCCCGUCACCGAGUUUGAGCACUUCAUGGGUCCCGUCAUCUCGCAGGCUUCGUUCGACAAGUGCCUCAGCUACGUAGAGAAGGCCAAGCAGGCUGGUGGCGAGGUCCUCGCUGGCGGCAAGGGCGACGCGUCGAGCGGUUACUACGUCGAGCCGACCAUCAUCCUGACCAAGGACCCUCGCUCGCCCACCAUGGUCGACGAGAUCUUCGGCCCGGUUCUCACUGUCUACAUCUACGAGGACGACCAGUUUGAGGAGACGUGCAAGUUGAUCGACCAGACGACGACUUACGCCCUCACCGGUUGCAUCUUCUCGGACGACCGUGCCGCGACCGUCAAGGCUGGCGCUCUCCUCCGCCACGCUGCGGGUAACUACUACAUCAACGACAAGUCGACUGGAGCGGUCGUUGGUGCUCAGCCUUUCGGUGGGGCGCGCGGGUCGGGCACGAACGACAAGGCAGGGUCCAUGAGCAUCUUCUUCCGUUUUGUCCAGGCCCGCUCCGUGAAGGAGUCCUUCUCCCCGCCCGAGUCCUUCCCUUACCCGUCGAACCAGCGCGAUUAA